CUUCCUGAUAAUCACACGGGCUUGACCUUACAUGGUAGGUAGUUGCGUAACAAACACCGCCCACUGUGAUUACGCUACGACUCGUCAUAUCCGGUUCUUUCUUUUCUCUCCGAAACCUCAACAUGGCGCCGCUCAGACAGAAGAGACCCCCCACUGGUAAAAGGUCCAAAAAGGGAGCUAUGUGGAAGUUCACCCUGGACCUGACCCACCCUGUGGAGGAUGGGAUCCUAGACUCAUCCAGCUUUGAAACCUUCCUCAAGGAAAGGAUCAAGGUCAAUGGAAAGACUGGAAACCUUGGAAACGUGGUCCAGGUCGGACGUAUGAAGAACAAGAUCAAUGUAACAUCUGAGAAGCAGUUCUCCAAAAGAUAUCUGAAGUACUUGACCAAGAAGUAUCUGAAGAAGAACAAUCUGAGAGACUGGCUCAGGGUUGUGGCGUCGGACAAAGAAACAUACGAGCUGCGCUACUUCCAGAUCAGUCAGGAAGACGAGGAGUCAGAGGCUGACGAGUAAAGGAAGGCAGCAGCAGGAUGGUGGCAGCUCUUCUGUCUGUUCUGUAGAGAAAUAAGGAAAUAAAAUGUCUUCAAAGACAAGAGUU